AAAUCAGAUUUGUUAAUUGUUUUCUAGGUGAAAAGCCCAACCCAGGCCCGUAACGAGAGCUGAAGACCACUUUAUCCUGAGAAUCCGGGUACGCUUUCGAUCUAGCCUGUGGGCACUCUCGAGCUCGUUAUAUAAACUCCUUACAUUUUUUAAUUUUUCAAUCGAUUUUGCGCCAAGGGUUUUGCAUUUCUAUUUGAACCAGAGCAAGAGCGGGUGAGGUUUUUCCAGUUUUUUGUUUGUUAAAUCGAAAAUGGCAGAUGACGCGGCGGACACCAGAUUGCAAGGCCCCGUUGACAAUCAGAACCCUAACUCCGUCGAUGCGCAGACUGAGCCUGGCGUCGGUGGCGGCCCCGCGGAAUCCAUCUGCAACAACAACGCUUCUAAAAGCUCCGACGUCCCUAACGACGAUGAGCGAGAAAAGACCUUGGAAUUCGCCGACGAGUUGAUGGCUCGGGGCUCUAAAGCCGCCAAGGAUCGCGAUUACGCCGAAGCCACUGAUUGCUAUAGCCGUGCCCUAGAAAUCAGGGUUGCAAAAUUUGGUGAACUUGCUCCAGAAUGUAUUGCUGCUUACUAUAAAUAUGGAUGUGCGCUGUUGUACAAAGCCCAAGAGGAGUCUGAUCCAUUGGCUUCUAUGCCUAAAAAAGAAGGUGUCUCUCGUGAAGAUUCCAGUAAAGAAAGCUCUUCAAAAAUUCCUGUCAAUGGUCAGUCCUCAGCUACCUCAACUGAAAAUGAUGCAGAGCAAGAUGUGAAGGGUAAAGAUGAAGAAGGAGACAGUGAAAGUGAUGGUGAAGAUCAACCUGAUGAUGAUGAGGAUGAGUCUGACCUUGAUUUGGCGUGGAAGAUGCUUGAUGUUGCACGGGCCAUCGCUGAGAUGGCCUCAGGUGACACAAUGGAAAAGGUGGACAUAUUGUCAGCUUUGGCAGAAGUAGCGUUGGAAAGAGAGGAUGUUGAGACUUCACAGAGUGACUACUUGAAGGCACUCUCUAUGUUGGAGCGCUUGGUUGAACCUGAUAGUCGGCUUAUCGCUGAACUGAAUUUUAGGAUAUGCUUGUGUCUUGAAAUUGGUUCGAAACCAGAAGAAGCUGUUCCGUAUUGUCAAAAAGCUAUUUCAGUUUGCAAGUCAAGAGUUCAGCGACUUUCAAAUGAAGCAAAGAGCGUCCCAUGUUCAGCAGAAGCAUCAAUCACUUCCGAGAUGGGACCAACUGUUCAACCAUCUCUUGCAAUAUCCUCAUCGGCAGAUGAAGAAUCCGAGAUUGAAACACUGACUGGUCUCUGUGGGGAACUAGAAAAGAAGCUUGAGGAUCUCCAACAGCUUGUCUCAAACCCAAAAUCUAUCCUCUCAGAUAUCCUGGGUGGUAUCAUAUCUGCAAAAGCUAGGGCUCUUGAGAAGAACGAACCAGCAAUGAGCUCCUCCCAGAUGGGCACUGCAACCAAUGGUGGUGCAGACUCUCCAACUGUUUCUACAGCUCACACAAACGGCGCUGCUGGAGUGACACAUCUAGGCGUGGUUGGAAGAGGAGUCAAGCGAGUUGUGAUGAGCUCGACUGCACAAUCCAACCCGGCUAAGAAACCCGCAAUCGAUUCCUCAAACGAUGGUGAUGGCGGAAGUGAGGCCAACGUCAAUGGAAUGAAUGAGAAGAAUGAUUAGUUUGAGGUCUAUGCUUAUAUGUUAUGUUGUCUUGAAUUAGUUUGGUGCAUCUAUGUUAGAGAAGUACAUCAUGUUAUGGACUUGAUGUAAUUUGGAUACUGAUUUCUGAUCAAAGGGUUAUGAGUAAAUUGGGACACAGGUUCUCAUCUGAUGAAA